AUGAAUAUAAUACAACUAGAUUGCUCUGCAUAUUGUCACACAAAUCAACUCCACUCACUCCACAACAACCCAAACAAAAAACCAAUUCGUAACAUAUAUAUAUCCCUCCUAUCUUACAUCGACACCAUGAGUACAUCGAAAAUCGCCCUCGCUACACUGACCGGUGCCGGCGCCCUCCUGGCUGUCAAUUCCUGGACCAAGCCUUCGAGAACGCAUUCCAUUGCAAAUGGUAUGCGACAUCAGCUUGACGACUACAAUUCUCGGGUUCAUCCUGAACAGGAGAAAUGGUGCGUUCUUCCCUUGCCCAACGGCGUUUUCGUUCCCUCGAUAGAAACUGAUGUGGAUGUAGGGAUACGAUGAUGGAUCGAACGAGACUUAUGGAGGAUGCUAAGCAGAGGAAACCUUGGAAUAUGACGCUUGCGGAGCGAGAGCAGUCGGAGAAGUAGGAGGUGUAACGAUGGGGAAUGUUUUCUUGUAUAUUCUUUUUCGGGGGCUUAUGGGGAUUGGGAUGCUUGUGGUUUAUUUGCUGGUGUAUAUGGUGUAUGGGAAUGGGGGCAUUGAUGAUUGGGCUUUGAUUGAAAUAAUGUGAAAGGAGCUCUUAUUCUAGUUGAGGAAUAAAGCAUGGCUGAAUGAAUACCCCCAAGCUGAGGUAUACUCUCUUCUCUUCUCUUUUGGGACUUGUACACAAGAUUGGUUUGAUGGAUUGGAUGGGAUGAGUUUGGGUUUCCAUUAAUUCGGAAAAGCUGCUUGUUAGGAAAGGCUUCAGUUAUAGACCGACACGGGCUUUGAAGAGCGUUCAAGGCUUGCUGAUUGAGUUUUGGAUGUCACUAGUGAUGUCAACAUGGUAGAAAGGUAUGUA